AAUAGUUUGCAAAUGUAUACCAAAAGAUUAUGAUAACAAUAAAACACCGAAAUUUUGUAGAAAAUCUCGACACAUAUUAUUCAAAGAAAAUGAAAAAAGUCAGCGAAUGGUUGAAAUCGAGAUCUUUAACAACACUAUUGUCGACUGUUUUCUUUAUGGCGACAAACGUAUUGCCGAUAAAGUGUUGGCAAACAAAGUAUGCAAACCAAAGGAACAGUAUGUCGAUCGACAAGUUCUCACCGAUUGGGCCCUCAAGUGCUCGCAAUGGUUGUCAGGUCUUCUAAGAAAGGGAACCGUUCCUACAUAUGGUGACCAUUGUUCCGAAAGUGAUUCAGAUUUUCCUAAAGAGUAUAAUAAUAAAAUCGAUCGAAACUUUUUUGAUGGUAUUCUUAUAUAUCCGGGAACUAAAUGGUGCGGUGCCGGCAAUAUAGCCGAAGAUGACCUCGACUACGGUACUGAACGUGAAACCGAUAAGUGCUGUCAAACUCACGAUUAUUGUUUUGAUAGUAUAAACAGUGGCGAAACAAAACAUAAUUUAACAAAUGAAGCAAUUUAUACAAAGAGUCAUUGUUAUUGUGAUCAAGAAUUUCAAGGAUGUCUUCAAACUGUUGAUACAAAAACUUCGAAAAGAAUCGCAAAAUUGUUUUUUAAUUUAAUUCAAGUCCAAUGUUUCAAAAGAGAUCAUCCGAUUGUCAACUGUCUCGAGUAUAGGGGUAUUCCCUUCUUUUGGCAAAGUUGUCAAAAAUAUGAAUUGGAUUUCACUAAACCUUUGUUUUAUCAAUUUUUUGAUGCUAUGUUUGUCGACUAAAUUAUUUUUAUAAUAUUUAUAAAA